AUGCCCCUUAUGAUCUGGACUGAUGACAUGACCACGUUCAAUGUUUAUGUGAAGACUUCUGACUAUCGACUGUGUGGGAUCGGUUGGUCACUUGGGAGAAAGAAGAUGAUUAGGUCAACGUGGGGUGAAAGAGACUGUGGUAUUGCCAUAAAGGAAAAAGGCGAUGUGUGGCUAGUACGGGUGGAAUUUGACCCACUGAAAGGACAAUUACCACAGACAUACGUUGUGGGACGGACCAAGCUUUUCGUAGCUGGAAUUGAGGAACGUGAAGUUAAAUUGAACCCUCCGGGGUACAAAGACGAGACUGUUAUAAAGAUGGAGGAAAAAGACCACAUGACUGUGGACCAAGGCAUGCGGGUGGACUUACCCGCCAGCCCAGACAAAACAGGACAGAGUGACGGAACUCUACACACAGAACGUGGGACUGAACUUGCUUCUAGAGAGUCACCGAUCCAGGAGAGACUGUUGAGGCCCUCAGAACUGGAAGAGGGGACACUAUCCAGAGGGUCACCGAUCCAGGAGAGACUGUUGAAGCCCUCAGAACUAGAGGACCGGACUGUGAUAAAGGUGUCACCCAUCCAAAAGAGACUGAUGGACUCACCAGAACUGACUGACAAAACUGAUGCUGGAGCCCAAAUACAGCAGAAAAACCCUACCAACCUUGACAUAGCUCGCCUAGCGGACAAUCAGAAUGAUCAGGCAGACACUGACCUGACUGGACAGAGUAGGGCUGACCUGAUAGUCCCGGAUGGCCAAAACCGAAAUCCUGUUCGUGACGCCAAUUUGUAG